AUGGAAUUAGUCAAAUUAGAAAUAAUUGGAUAUUUCAUGACUUUGCUCGUGCUUUGUUUUGGACCAUGUUUUGUGAAAUCUUCAAGAGACUUGGCUCGAAAUAAAACUGCUACACAAAGUUCAACGUACAGUGAUACUCAGUCCUAUGAUGCCGGUAGAGCAGUGGAUGGAGUCCUCGGCAUAGAUGUAGGGGGUGGACACUGUUCUCAUACAGGGACCAGACACCAUCAUGCUUGGUGGAAGGUCGAUCUGGGAGAUGUUUACCGGAUACAGAUGAUCAACAUUACCUACAGAUAUAGUCAAACAACUCGCCUUAAAGGCUACAGUAUAUACGUAACAAACAAUACUGACAUGACACAGGCUAUUGGAUCUAUCAGCAAACAGUCUGGUCAUUUGUGUUACCAUGACACUGAGUCUGGGACGCCAACGUAUAAUCAGUCACGUGAGUGUCAUGUUACCGGGAGAUACGUCGUGUUUUACAACACAAGACCAAAUGAAACUGCAUACAUUGAACUCUGCGAUGAUCUUGCAUACAGAAAAAUAACUUUACAGAGUACAACAAACGGCGUGUUUUCGUCUGGUAAAGCUGUUGAUGGUGUUAUUACAGCCGAUGUAUCAGAUGAUGGAAGUUGUUCACACACCAAGCCAACAGGAAACCAUCCCGAAGCCUGGUGGCAAGUCGAUCUCGGACAAAUCGAAAGGAUACAGACAAUCAACAUCAUUUACAGGCAACUCUACCCCUUCCGGAUGUCCGGGUUUUAUUUGUACGUAUCUAACAGUUCCUACACCAACUCACAGUCGCUGAGUCGGGACUAUUUGUGCUACCAUGAUCACGGACCGGGUCUGCCUUCGUACAUCCAGUCACUUCCAUGUUCUAUUCAUGGGCGUUACGUCACAUUCUACAACAAGCGUCCUGCUGAUUAUGAACCAAGGAAUGUUACGUAUUAUUCUGAAACGACCGCAAUUAUAUCGCUAUGCGAGGUCCAGGUGCUCGGAGGGUGUUCCGCUGGAUUGAAGGGUGAUUCGUGUAACGAAGACUGUGAACAUGGUUUAUUCGGACAAGGCUGUAGCCAGACCUGUCACUGUGCCACAGCUGACUGUAACAAACGAACGGGGACGUGUGGACCUCAGGGGUGUUCAGCUGGAUGGAAGGGUUUAACAUGUAGUCAAGCAUGUGACACUGGGACUUUUGGGCAAAAUUGUCAUCAGCAGUGUCAUUGUUCUAAGCAAGACUGUGAUAAGAAAUUGGGAAGAUGUACAGGAGAGUGUUUGGCUGGCUGGCAGGGCGAUUCCUGUAACCAAGCAUGCGACCAUGGGACGUUUGGACAAAAUUGCACCCAGCAGUGUCAUUGUUCAAAGCAAGACUGUGAUAAACAAACGGGAGGAUGUACAGGAGGGUGUUUGGCUGGCUGGCAGGGCGAUUCCUGUAACCAAGCAUGUGACCCUGGGACGUUUGGACAAAAUUGCACUCAGCAGUGUCAUUGUUCAAAGCAAGACUGUGAUAAACAAACGGGAGGAUGUACAGGAGGGUGUUUGGCUGGCUGGCAGGGCGAUUCCUGUAACCAAGCAUGUGACCCUGGGACGUUUGGACAAAAUUGCACUCAGCAGUGUCAUUGUUCAAAGCAAGACUGUGAUAAACAAACGGGAGGAUGUACAGGAGGGUGUUUGGCUGGCUGGCAGGGCGAUUCCUGUAACCAAGCAUGUGACCCUGGGACGUUUGGACAAAAUUGCACUCAGCAGUGUCAUUGUUCAAAGCAAGACUGUGAUAAACAAACGGGAGGAUGUACAGGAGGGUGUUUGGCUGGCUGGCAGGGCGAUUCCUGUAACCAAGCAUGUGACCCUGGGACGUUUGGACAAAAUUGCACUCAGCAGUGUCAUUGUUCAAAGCUAGACUGUGAUAAACAAACGGGAGGAUGUACAGGAGGGUGUUUGACUGGCUGGCAGGGCGAUUCCUGUAACAAAGUCUGUGACCCUGGGACGUUUGGACGAAAUUGUAUUCAGCAGUGUCAUUGUUCCAAGCAAGACUGUAAUAAACAAAUUGGAUGUACAGGAGGGUGUUUUGCAGGCUGGCAUGGUGAUUCCUGUAACCAAGGUAACACUGAUAUGGUGCCAGCGGAGAAUAAACGUCAACAUUGA